AUGUCCUACCGAGUUGAUUACUUGCCUCCGUUUGGAGUCAUCGAGGGUCGCCUGCUCACCUGCAGCUGUAUGUUCUUCACCCUGUCCAGCAGCGCGUGCAUCCACAUGUAUUUCUUGGCGCGAGAAUACAAACUGCUUGUUGUUGAAAAGGUACCCAGUAGACCCCAGCCCGCCACUAUUGAAACCAACAGCAACCCUGGCUGCGGUUCCGCUAACGGGGUCAUCAACAGCUCAAAUUUCCCUCAACCAGACUCUUCCAAGCGACGAAACUCGGGUGUUUUCUCACCUUGCAAGUUAAAUUUCUCCAAACGACCUCGCCCAGGCCGACAAGAAUAUGGUCCGUUCAACACUGCACACCCAACUUUGACUGCUGGGUGGUCCAAUGCUCCUAAUCCGGUACAAAGUCACCCUAACCACAGAGCAAUAGAGCCAAUGGCAUCAGCAGAAGAAUUAACUCCAAAAGGAAUAAUAGCGGCGGAACUCAACUCUGGAAUUUCUGCGCUCAAGCAGAUCAGCAAUGUGCUCAAGAGAAAGAAAGAUCGGAAGGAUAUGGCCAAGCUUUCAUCACCUUGUUUGAUGAACAGAUUUCAGGAGGUGUGCUUCGCGCUCUUGCAAAUGGUUGAAGAUCACAUACCAAGCACAACUCAGACGGUAGCACCUAUGUUCCGGGGUGUUGGUGAUACUUCCUCUAUGAACGGCGCCGAGGCAGCGGUCUUGGUCGGUGAAAUGGUAGAGUUUGGAUGGGGAGCGUUCAAGCGCAUGGAAGGCUUGUUGAAGGUGGCAAAGAACUCGAAGAUGUUUGUUUCGAAAUCUGACCUGUUGUCAAUGGGAUUAUGA